AUGUCCAAGAUCCUCAGAAUACGGGCCGAGCGGCCUAUCCGGAGAACUCUCUCAGCGGCUAAACGACAACUUCACCUCACGGCGCCUCGUCGAAGCGCCACCGCUGCUCUUCCGCUUGUACACGAAGUGGACACAGGCGCUGAAACCGAAACCGAGGAAGAACCCGACGCCGACGCCGAUGUAGCCGAGAGAUUGCGCAUACGCAAGCAAACUCGGCAAGUCAAAACACGCCAGUUAUGCGUCUACCGGAGGCCUACACCAGUCCUCCCCAUCGAGCUCAUCGCGAUGAUAAUCGAACGCGCCUGCUACCGCGACCAGAAGACCGCCUGCCGCCUCUGCCUCAUCUCGCGCCUCUUCAAAUCCAUCGCCGAGCCCCUCGCCUACCGGGCGCUACAGAUCACCUCCCCGGCCCAGCUCCAAUCCUUCGUCCACAGCCGAUCGCCUAACGAGGGUUUCGCGCCCCUCUCCCGCCUUAUCACCUCCUUCUGGUACGCCGACCUCCCGAGACGCGACCCGCGUGACUUCUACCUCCACGCGCCCUGCAUCGGCCCGGCCUUCUCCAACCUGCGCGCCCUCGCGAUGGACAUGCACGCGUUCUACUACUUUUCGCGCCACCUCGCCGACCACGUCCGCGCGCGCAUCCCGCCCGAAGUCCUCCAAGCAGACGGCGCGCCACCGUUCGGCGUCCCCAAGCUGGACCCCGCCAAGGUCGAUCAGCAGCAGGUCGACGGCCCGCGCAUCACGACGCUCAUGCUCCGGCGCACCCACUGCGGCCCCAGGUUCGACCUCUCCCAGGUGCUCCACGUGCCCGUCACCGUCGCGUCCGUCACGCAUCUGUACGCCUCGGACGACAUGAUCGUCUGGAUGCACGUCCCCUACCACCCGUUUCGCGAAGCGUUCCGAAAGCUCACCCACCUCGCCGUCUACCGCAUCUAUCCCGUCGCCAUCCCCGGCUUCCUCGACGCCCUCCGCACAACCCUCGAGACCUACCCCGCGCUGCAGAUGCUCGUCGUGUGCGUGCACGUGCCGGACCCCUCCGAGCGCCCCGUCUCCGAGCCGGACGAAUGGACGGCCGCGAGCGCGUAUCAGCGCGAGGAGGCACCGAAGUGGCCGAAGAGGCUGUUCAAGAAGGGGCGGGCAGGGGUACACAAGACGACAGACUGGGAGAUGCUGCAGGACUUUGCCGCCAACGACAAGCGAAAGAGGGUGUACAUCCUUCCGCAUAUGCGAACGAUGAAAGAAGAGUGGGACGAUAUGGUUUUGGGAGAAGGGGAAUCGGUUUGGGACCGCGCGAAGCGAGUUCAAGUCCGACCUCGGGUCGACACGCUGCGAUAUAACGGGUGGAAACCUCCUUAUCAGCUACCAGCUUACGACGACACCGAAAACCCGCUCUUUGACUCCUCCGCCGAUGAUCCCCCUCGUGUUAGUAUCCAGAGCCGAGCCGCUUCUCCCGUGAUGGGCUCAGACAACGUCGGUCUCGCUGAAGAUACGGAGCUAGAAACGGCAAUCUUACAAUGGCAACUGUUUCUGGAAUGGCGUACUACGACGGGCUCUCCUACAACACUGUCGCUGCUCAGCGAAUACGCAGAACUCCUGAGACUGCGAUACCAAAGCCAUGGAUCCGUCGAAGAUCUAGAACAGAGCAUUGAACUUCAUCGACGGGUCCUGGAUUCUCUGCGAUUCCGUGGAAAUCCGCGCCCCGCGGCACUGAAUACCCUCGGUGUCGUUCAUGCCCUUCGAUUCUUCGUCUUCACUAGACCCGAUGAUAUCCAGACAUCCAUCUCAUUGCACGAAGAAGCGCUCUCGAUUGCUUCAUCGCAGAGCCAUGACUAUGUGGAGUCUCUUGCCGACCUUGCACAGGCUCUUAUCUUCUUGCAUCGCCUGGAUACCGGCGCGCCCUUGGUCAAACGCGCCAUCCACCUCCUUCGCGAGGCGCUCGAUCUUAUCCGCGUCGACGACCCCCUAUUCUUGACCUGUACCUCGCGCCUGUCGGAUGCCCUCCGCCAGUUAUUUACCUACUCGGGUGGCAAACCGAAGGAUAUUCAAGAGUCAGUCCGUUUAGCGCGUUUGAUCCUCGAGAAAGUCCCCCCCGGUCAUCGACAAAUACCGGAGUUUCUGAUCGGGCUCGGGGGGAAACUCGGUAUAUUGUUCGAGGUCGAAGAUUUACAGGAAUAUCGGGAGGAGGAAAGGCUGUUAUAUCGACGAGCCCUCCUCAUACAGUCACCCAAACACCCCUUGAGGUGCGUGGCGUUAACCCAACUCGCGUUCGCCCUCGGCUUGGCUGAAAACUAUGGAGAAUGCACGAGCGCCGUAUACGACGAAGCCAUCGAUGCCAGCCUUGAAGCUCUCUCCCUGAUCACUUCGGGUCAUAUACGAUAUCACGCCGUUCUCUGCACGCUCGGGUAUACGUACUUUCGGCGAUCCACUUGCUCUCUAUCCCAUCGUAAGGACCUAGACGAGAGCAUUUCACUACAGCGCCGCGGCAUCUCCUACGUUCCCCCCACUGCGAGUCACCGGUACAUACACCUACACAAUCUUGCCGAGGCGCUUCAAGCUCGUUGGACACGCGAUCGGGACCCGACGGAUAUAGAAGAGGUGAUUAAUCUGACCCGGGAAGCACUCCGCCUCUGCCCGCCAGAUCACCACGACCAUCCCUACGCCUUGUAUGCCCUGGGCAAGCGACUCGUGGUUAGUUCGAUAUGGUCUAUCGCAGAACUGGAUGACAUUGUUCGAUGUUUCGAGGCUCUCCUCGAGACGAGGUACCCCGUCGGACAUGGCUUGAGAUCUUGGGCACUUGGAAAUAUCGCUCAGCUUGUCCACGCGCGAUAUAUGCGGUCGCAAGAUCCGAACGACUGGACGUAUGCCAUGGACUGCUUCCAAUGCGCCGCCGAUGACCCUCAUACGUCCUAUCUUCGCCGCUUCGCAGCAGCACAGAGAUGGACGGCGGCCGGAGAGAAAUCCGGGUCCGUGGAGAUGGCGCUGAAGGCGUAUCGACGCGCCGUGGACAUGCUCCCGCACCAGAUCUAUCUCGGCCUGGACCUCGCGGGGCAGUUGGAGUCGAUGAAGAGCAAGUUCGCUUCCGUGUCAUGCGAGGCAGCGGGCUGCGCGUUGGCAGCGUCGCAGCCGGAAGAGGCGGUACGAAUGCUUGAGAAGAGUCGGUCAGUAUUUUGGGCGCAAAUGCUCCAGCUUCGCGCGUCGUUCGAAGGCGUUCCGGCGAGCCUCGCGGAACAGAUCAUCCAGGCUGCCAAAGGUCUCGAGAUAUUCCACUCCCACGUGCCGUGCACGGAUGCAUCAGGGGCGGAACGAACUAUCCAGCAACGCGUAUUACACCAGAAAUUCCAAGAGCUGCUGAGACAAGUUCGGACAUACCCCGGUUUCGAUAACUUUUUGUUGCCGUACUCCUUCGAUCAGCUCGCUGAAGUCACCGCACGCGGGCCUGUCGUCCUCCUCAUCUCCAGCGAGCGCUAUGGAUCGUCUGCAAUUAUCAUGAGAAGCCCGGGCAGUGGUGUGGAGCCCGUUUCUCUGGCAGGCUUCACCACCCGUUUCUGGAGGGAUUUGAUGACACUGGUCGAUGACGUGGUUGCAAACGGCCAAGCUCCCUCCAGACAUACACAAGGACCGCGUAAGUCGAGAUUAGGGAUUGUCAAGGCAGAGGUGCCUAUGCGAGACGAGAAUGAUCUCAUGGAGUCCCUGUGGCUCAAUGUGGUGCAACCGGUUCUCAUUCGGCUCCGCUUACAGAAAUGCAAGUCGUAUGUCGCGCGACCCAGAAUAUGGUGGUGCUGCGCCGGUGCCUUCGCGUCGCUGCCGGUGCAUGCUGCAGGGACAAUGAAACCCUCGCCCACAUUUCUGAGCGACUUCGCGGUUUCGUCGUACAUUCCGAGCCUAUCAAGUCUCAUAGCCGCAAGGCAGAAAGAAAGCGAAUCCCACAUUCGAAAAAUUCUCGUCGUUGCAGAGCCACACGCAGAAGGCCACUCGCCUUUGCCCGAGGCUCUCCGCGAGGUAAACAUCAUCCGAGACAAGUUGGCCAGCAACCCACUUGCAUCGCUCAAUUUGAGGACAGAGAUACAUGCGGACAGAGCGUCUGUUAUGAAGCAGAUGGAAGACGCGUCGGUUAUUCAUCUCGCUUGCCAUGGCUUACAGAAUCGUGAUCGACCACUGUCAAGCGGGUUUCUGUUGCGGAAUGAGAAGCUCACCAUCAGCGACAUCAUGAAACUGAAUCUUCCGCAUGCGCGCUUUGCGUUCCUCGCCGCUUGCGAUAGUGCCGCCGCAGAUCGCCAGCAGCCGGACGAGGCGAUCCACCUGACCGCAGCCAUGAUUUUCUCGGGAGUACCGAGCGUGGUCGGUACCUUGUGGUCAAUGGGUGACGAGGACGGGCCGACAGUCGCCAGCUUCAUUUAUGAAGAGCUCGCAAAAAAUUAUCCGCACUAUGAUGAUGACUGUAUACCCUUUGCGCUUGAUUCCGCUGUUCGCAGGCUGCGAGAGGACGGUGUACCUGUACGCCGAUGGGCGACGUAUAUUCACAUGGGAAUAUGA